CCUCAGUCGGGGUGCGGCGGGCACUGGAGCGCGGUGGGCACUGGAGCGCGGUUGGGGCUUGGCCGUUUCAGGUCCUGAUUCCUAGGAACAAAGACGAUCUUGUGAGGUAAAGAGGAAUCCCACCUGGAAGAUGGCUCAUAUGAGUGGAGACCUUCCACCAGGGCUGCAGAACAGAGGAGGAUCAAGGCCAAGAAAGAGCAGGCCCUAGAUUUGCACAGCUGAUUGCACUAUGUGAUCCUUGUGCUCCACAAGCCACCCGUCAGACUGUGAGAACAUGAGGUGUGAGCCAGGUUUCAGGAGAGGGAGCUGGGCUAAGGCAAGGGGCAAGUCUGCCCAGGAAAUUAUACUUCUGAGAGAGCGUAGUCUGGGGGAAAGAAAUACUACCUACCACUAAGAAAACUUAUCUCAGACCUUCCUGACAGCCUUUGACUUCUUUCAGAUUCUCUAUUCUUUCCAGUGCCUGAGGGGGCCUCACCCUAUGCCCUUUAUCACAUGUGACAUUGAGAGACGUGGGUGCUUCCUCCAGCCUGACUUCACAGACACAGGAAGUAGUGAAGGAAAGAGCUUCCUGGACUACUUGUUUCUGCCUAGGAUGAAAGAUGAAAACCACUGAGCCCAAGAGGAUGAAUGACCAGGGGCCAGUGUCAUUUGAGGAUGUGACUAUGGGCUUCACCCAGGAGGAGUGGCAGCACCUGGACCCUGCUCAGAGGACCCUGUACAGGGACGUGAUGCUGGAGAACUAUAGCCACCUCAUCUCAGUGGGGUAUUGUGUUACCAAACCAGAGGUGAUUUUCAAAUUGGAGCAAGGAGAAGAGCCAUGGAUGUUAGAGGAAGAGUCUCAAAGUCAGAGCCACCCAGUUGACCUGAUGGAGAAGAGCCAGGAAAAGGAAGUCCAGCAUUGGUGGAAAGUUGAUAUUGUCAACAACAAAACACCGACUAAAGAGAGAAAUAGUGUAUUAGGGAAAACAUUUUCUCUGGAUACAAACUCUAUUUUAUCAAGAAAAAUACCUGGUAAAUAUGACUCAUAUGGAAUGAAUUUGGAUUCUCUUUCAGAAUUAAUCAUUAGUAAUAGACACUCCUUUGUAAGGCAGCUUGAUGAGUUUAAUACACAUGGGAAAUUACUCCUCUGUACAAAGCACAGGAAUUCUCAUUCUAGAGAGAAAUCUUUAGAAUAUGAUAGAACUGGAAAAGCCAUUAGUCCAAAUGACAUAUUUCAGCAUCAAGAUACUCAAAUUCUGAAGCUUUCUUCUGAAUAUAAUGAAUGUGGGAAAGCCUUCAAUGAGGGGGCGACUUUCAUUACCCAUAAGAGAGCAAGCUCAUGGGAGAAGCCCUAUGGAUGUAAUGAACAUGUCAAAGCCUUUUCUGAUAGACCAACAUUUACUGUUCAUCAGGGAACUCAUACAAGGGAGAAUCACUAUGAAUUGAAUGACUGUGGGAGGUGGUCUGUUGGUGAGAAGUCAAAUUUAAGUAAGCACCAUGGAGUUAUCAUGGAGAAGAGAUACUAUGAGUGUAUUGAAAGUGAAUAGUUUCAGAAAGAAGUCACUCCUUCAGCGAAUUUAUAAAGGAGAGGAAACCUUUAACUGUUUUGAAGAUUGGGAAGUAUUCUGCAAGA